AUGACCAGAGAGCUCCGAGGUCUACGGCAGACUUGCUCAUCGAAUGAGCCUCCGAGGAAGCGCAGGGUCACCAAUAUUCGCAAGUCAGCCAGUGCCUCAUCCAGCACGAAUCAGCCAGAGCUCCAGCUGCCGCCUCAAGAAGACCGGAUAUUACGCACACGUAUCUUCCCGCCCAAGUUCAACCAGCGGAUUGAAGCUCCCGUUGUGACCGAGCUGAGACAGCUCUGUCGGAUGCUCAUUUGUGGUACGAGAAUGCUCAUUGACGCUCCGCGUAAGCUCGUCACCGUGGACUUGGACAGCAUUAAGACAUGCAAAGAUUUACUGGUGAAUUCCGAACCUUUCGAUCCGUCCCAUGGCAAGAUCCUCGACAACAUUUGGAAUGUGGCGAAGGCCACCUCGGAUCGGUGGAAUCAAGCUUUACAGGAUCCGGCGCACAUCAAGAAAGCACACGCUCGCUGCGUACAUGACUGGCGUCCUGUGGUUGCAAGACUGGCGGCUGCGGUGCAAGGGGUGGGCUCGCAUCCGGAGAACGCUGUGUCUGGCACACCUCCAUCUGACGAGGGUAGUGCUGACGAGCAAGAGUCUCAAGCGGAGGCUGGCGCCGAGGAAGAGGAGGAGUUGAGUGGAUCUGUCGAAUCAGAAUCGAUGGAGGAUACCGAUUCGGAGGAGGAUGAACUUGCUGGAGAUGGUUCUGUUUCCACGACCACGGGAGGUCCAUCGUACCGACCGCAAGGAAACCUCCGGCCUCGCGGACGUCGAUCAUUUGGCAGGGGCGGAUAG